GUAUGACGUAGAGAUAUUAAUAUUAUGUGACACAUGACAGAAGCUCGAAACAAAUGACUGUGAAUGAAAAGCCCUAUAAUUUGAACUUGAACAAACUCACCGUCACCGACUUACGAAGGGUGAGGAUGUGGACGAUGUGUUGGUAGAGGUGUUUAAAAUUUAUACGUGUAAUUUCCUGGUAUUCAUAGUUUAAAUAACAAACAAGAUGUUGCAUCUAAGAAAAGGUGUAUUAUUAACGCUGUUUAUUUAUGUAAUUCAUGGAUUUCGUGAAAUCCACGCUUCUUCACAAAAGUAUGUAACAUGUGGCUCGGUGGUAAAACUUUUAAAUACAGAUUAUAGAGUAAGACUACAUUCACAUGAUGUAAAGUAUGGAACAGGUAGUGGACAACAAUCGGUUACAGGGACUGAAGUUCAAGAAGAUAUUAACAGUCAUUGGUUGGUAAAACCAGCUACUGGAAAAAGCUUAGAAAGAGGGACGCCGAUUAAAUGUGGUUCGACCAUCAGAUUAGAGCAUGUAGAUACCAAAAAGAAUUUACAUUCACAUCAUUUUUCUAGUCCUUUGAGUAGUAAUCAGGAAAUUAGUUGCUAUGGAGACAAUGGGGAAGGAGAUUCCGGAGAUAACUGGAUGGUUAUAUGUUCAGGUGACAGUUGGCAAAGGGAUGAAAGUAUAAUGUUUAAACAUGUAGACACAGACAUGUAUCUGUCUGUAUCAGGUAGAACUUUUGGUAGACCAAUUAAUGGUCAAAUGGAAGUAAUUGGAGUACGCUCAUCUACAGGAUCGGUGCAUUGGCAAACAGCUGAAGGUGUGUUUUUACAUGCUCCAGAUUUAUCUGCUCGACAUAUGCACUCAGUUCAUUCUGAGCUAUGAAACAAACAAUUAUUAGUUACAGGUUUUUUAAUUUAUUUUUUAAUUUUGUUAAAAGUGUGAAAAUGUUUGUAAUAAACAUGUGGUUAGAUAAAA